AAAAUAGAAGAAGCUUUUAAUUGUUGCCCUUAAUAAUUUUAAGUAUUAUUAUUAUUAUUAUUGUAAAUCCCGUUGAAUGUAAUUUAUUUUGUUGAAAGUUUGUAAUUGUUAAUGAAUAAUGAUUUGUCGAUUGUGCUUAAAGGACUUUGAGGAAAUUAUAAAUAUUUUUGAUAGCAAUGGCCAGGAGCUCAACGUUGCUGAAGUUGUUGGUAAACAUUUUUGGUUUGAGCCUCGAAAGGAUGAUCCAAUAUCAACAUCAAUAUGUAAAUUGUGUUGGAUUAAAGUGUGUGAAUUUCAUGAAUUUUACGAGAUGGUGGAACAUGUACAUCGUCAUAUGACAGAGAGAUUUAUAGUGAAAACAGAAAGUGCUAAAGGAAAGCGACGCUCCCCAUUGAAUGUUAAUGAUCUCAUAAAUUAUAGUUCAUUGCCAAGUAAACGAGAACCGGACGAUGAAUUUAAUGAACUUGGUGAAGUACCAUUCAAUAUGUUAAUUGAAGAUACCAAUGAUGAGCCUGGUAAGACCGUAGCUAAAGCUGCAGCUAUUGCAUUAGGUGCAGAAGAUUCGCGUGAUAUUUUGUCCCAACAUAAUUUCAGCCAAGAUGACUAUGAUGAUGUCGAUGACAGUAACAGGUGCAAUGAGACUUACAACGAAGAUGCGAAAUUUAACGACACAAAUGAUACUCAAAACAGUGACAACGAUGAUACCUUCGAUGGAGAAGCUUUUAUGAACAAUAUAUUAACUAACAAGAAUAAAGAGCCAGUAAAAAAUCAAGAUACGUCAAACACCUCGUCAAUUAAAGCAGACAAACGAAGAUCGACUAGAAAUUCCAACAAAACACAAUUAGAUAAUACUGAAACAGAUAAUGGAUUCAACACAACGACGAAUAUUAAAAGAAGACGAGGGCGGCCAAAGAAGGGAGAAAUUGUUGUAAAAUCUGAACGUUGUACCAAACAGUCAAAAGAAAAAUUUAAUAAAAGUGAAGAGGAACAAGAUGCAUACAAGGCAAAAAUGAAGGAAAUUGAUGAACAGAUUUCUCAAUACAUGACCUUACAUUGCGAAGUUUGCAGUUCGGAAUCAGAAAACUUUGCGGGUUUGAGAGCUCACAUGCGAGAGGCUCACAACAUCAAAAAAGGUUACGCAAAAUGUUGUAACAAAAAGUUUUUGAAAAGAGCACUUCUCUUGGAUCACAUACGUCAACAUUUAGAUCCCGAUUGUUAUAGAUGUGAAGAAUGUGAACGUACAUUUGCCGAUCGGCAAUCAAUGCGUAAUCAUUUCUUAGUUAAGCAUCAAAAAGAUGAAGAUAAAAUUUACGAAUGUUCUGCAUGUUCUAAAAAGUUUGUCAGGAAGUAUCUACUAGAACAGCAUAAAAUGUUCGCACAUCGUGAUCGAUCUACAACGUGUAAAUCCUGUAAUAGAAGAUUUAAUACAUUGGAAGAGCUGUAUGAGCACAAUAAGCAGCAUUGCAGUUAUGGAACAAUGUGUGAUAUAUGUGCUAAAGUCAUCCGGGGUCCGGCCGCCUUUAAGCGUCACCAGUUGGAACAUCAGGGUGUUACAAUGCCUAAAGUACAGUGUGAUUUAUGUGGUUCAUGGCAUAAGGAUAAAUACGCAUUAAAUAAACAUAAAAAACGACAUAUGGAAUCUAAGCAACCUCACGUUUGUGAUAUAUGUCAUAAAGUAUCUCCCAGUCGCAGUGCUAUGUUAAGUCAUAAGCGAUAUGUCCAUGGAACAGAACGUUCGUACGAAUGCGGUGUUUGUCGAAAAACUUUUAAAAAACCAAUAGCAUUAAGAGAACAUAUGACUACCCACACCGGAGAAGUUUUAUACCGUUGCCCACACUGUCCUAAAACAUUUAACUCCAAUGCAAAUAUGCAUUCUCACCGCAAAAAAGUACAUCCCCGAGAAUUUGAAGAGACUCGAAAGUUACGCAAACAAAAUGCACAUCUUAUUGAGCAACCUAUACCCACCAUAUCUGUGCUAAGCAACGCCAAAAAGGAAACCCAAGCACUUUUGGUCAUAGGCUCUGAUCAAAGCGAAGAAUCCCAUCAUGUUCUAAUAACUACUAGCGCAAAUGACUUUAGUGAUGAUGAUGAUGUGACUGAUCUUUCAAAGGAAAAAAUUACUGUACUCUACAAAAAUUACAGCAUUAAUUAAACCCGUUAAAGUGCAACUAAAUUUGCGAAACAAUUCAAAAAAAUAGACUGUUUUAUGUAAAUACAAAAAAUAAAAUUACAGAUUUAUUUCUGAUGAUGAA